UGCGGAUAUCCUGAAACCAAGUGAGAAGCACUUGAGCAACUUGUCAGUGAGCUUAUAGACGUGGUGGUGUGACAGACAUGACGUCCAACAGAGAAGUUUUGUUUCGGUCCUUGGAGACGCCGCUGCUCUGCCUCGGUGCUUUGACCGCAGCCUGGUUCACUCUGUGUUCCGUGUGCCGGCUGGUGUCCGGGUUCAGGGUGUGGGUGCUGGGCAACGGGCGACUCGUAUCUCCUACGAAAUUGGGCAAAUGGGCAGUUGUGACAGGAGCCACAGAUGGGAUUGGAAAAGCCUAUGCAGAGGAGCUUGCUCGCAGAGGCUUUGCUAUUGUGCUGAUAAGCCGCUCUCAGGAGAAGCUGGAUGAAGUGUCCAAGGCAAUCGAAAGCAAAUGUGGUGUGGAGACCAAAACCAUUGCAGCAGACUUUAGUACUGUGGAUAUCUACUCCAGGAUUGAAGAUGGACUUGCAGGGCUGGAGAUUGGCGUGUUAGUGAACAAUGUUGGAAUAUCCUACUCUUACCCUGAAUUCUUCCUCGAGCUCCCCAGUCUCGACAGAUUCAUUGACACAAUGAUCAACAUCAACAUAACAUCAGUGUGCCAGAUGACGCGUCUUGUUCUACCUGGAAUGGUGGAGAGGAGGAAGGGGGCCAUCCUUAACAUCUCAUCUGCCAGCGGGAUGUACCCUGUUCCUCUUCUUACGGUCUACUCUGCCUCCAAGGCAUUUGUGGACUUCUUUUCACGGGGACUACAAGCUGAAUACAAGAACAAGGGCAUCAUCAUCCAGAGUGUUCUGCCAUUUUUUGUUGCAACAAAGCUGAGUAAAAUCCGACGGGCUACACUGGACAAGCCCAGUCCAGAGCGCUAUGUUGCAGCCGAACUCAACACUGUGGGGCUACAGACCCAGACCAAUGGCUACCUACCUCAUGCCAUAAUGGGUUGGGUGACUACAGUUCUGCUUCCUGCCAAGCUCCUUAACAUCUAUGUGAUGAGGAUGGGGUUGUCCCAGCGCACUCGUUACCUCAAGAAACAGAAGCAGGGAUAGAUAGAUCGGCCGUAACAGACAGAAGGAACCAGGAGUUAACGACUUGUCCGACCACCACCCGCCAUCGCCAUCGUAAUCGUCAUCAUCGACCAAUAAGGGGAAAUGUGACAGUUUCUCUCUCUCUACUAAUACUACUACUCGUAGGUGAUAUGAUGGUCACACUUGCCUUUCGAUGUUGAAUCCAAACUUUUUUUCUAACAAACUUUUGCUCUUUGCUGAGUGAUGAGCUGUAAUGAACAAAACACUAACACUAUAAUUAAUUUUCUUUUUUCAAUUCUAAUGAUCUUUACAGGACAAGGGUUGAAUGUCUGAGGUUUGAGGGCUCUGUAUGUUUCUUAUUGAAAAAUGAAAAAUGGACAAGCUUAAUGCUGUUUAGUGGGACUCUGGGCGAUGGCACUUACUGUCAACACUUUCUGAAGCACUGGAAAGAUUGUGUUAUCAAGAUUUUUUUUUUUGUCAUGUACUACAAAUCGAGAUCUGGUACCAGCAUGGAGGGAGAGUUGAAAUGUGUGUCAGUUUACAUACAAAAUUACUUAUAACAAUAAUAAUAAUAAAAAAAAUUAAUCAACAUCUAUCUUUAGUGCUUUGGAUACGACUGGAUGCAUUUGAGCCGUUUAUCCGUAAGUGAUGUGCUGCAUACGGUCAUCUCAAUCCUUUCAUGUGCUGAAAUGGAUUGACUGAAAUGUUAAACCAAACCAUGUCUUUAACUUUCCCUCUUGAGAACUAUGUUGACUUGCUGUGUCACUUAUCUUGGCUGUGAUACCAGCUUUAAGUUAUUUACUUUAUCAAUCCUAAUGUAAAAGAAAAAAGUUCUUAACCAUUAGCAUAUACUGACUGUAAAGGUGCAGCAGCUGGGGACCAAAUUGAGUUCAACGGGGUAUUUGUAUUAUGUGUUUAAUACCUUGGAAGCACGUAAAGCAGAACAUCUGGAUGUUAUUGUCCUUCCUGUCUAUACAAUAAAUGUGAUUUUCUAAUAACUUCA